AUGACUUUUUUUACUUACUCUGAGAACCUUCGAAAAGAUCUUUACCAACUCCUUCAUAAUUCCAAUGAUUAUAAUGUUUUGAUUCAAGUUGGAAAAGAUCCUGAGAUUGAAAUCUUUAAUGCCCAUUCUAAUAUUUUAUGUGCUAGAUCUUCUUACUUUAAAACUGCUUUAUCUGAAAGAUGGGCAAAUUGUAACGAUGAUGGCAAAAUCACUUUUGUCAAAACAAAUAUAGCACCUAUUACAUUUCGUUUAAUUCUUCAAUAUAUCUAUACGGGAGUCCUUGACUUAACUGAUCAAUCACCUUCAAAUAUCUUGGCUCUUCUUAUUGCUUCUGAUGAAUUAACUUUAGAUGAGUUAAUUCAAUGUAGCCAAGAAUAUCUUAUUAAAAAAGAAUCCUCUUGGUUACGAGAAAAUUUUACCUCUACUUUACACAUCGUCAACAAGCACCAAAGCUGUGAAAAACUUCAUCAACAUCUUAAAAUAUCUUUAUAUCUCGAUCCAAAGCCAUUCUUUAAUUCCGAGGAUUUAUUAAAUUUAGAUAAAGAUAUUUUUUUGGAAUUUAUUCAGAAUGAUUUUUUAAAUGCUAAAGAAAUUGAUAUUUGGAAUUUUUUAUUAAAAUGGGCAAAGGCUUCUCAUGAUGUUAAUUCUGAUAAUAUGGUAGAUGAUUAUAUAUGCUUUAAAGGAUUGUUAGAUCCCUUUAUACCACAUAUUAGAUUUCAUGAGAUGUCCGGUCUAGAAUUUUAUGAAUAUGUUAGACCAAAUCGUGCAUUUAUAUCUGGUGAUCUUUAUGGAAGUUUAGAAGAUUAUUUCAUAACCAAAAGAAAUCCUAUACUUCGUCCGCGUUGUGGACCUCUCCGUAUAGAUUCUGUUCUAAUUGAUAAAUAUAAAGCUGCCGUUAUUACCAAUUGGAUUGAAAAAAGAGAUUUCUUUAUCAAAAAACCUUCUUAUCAAUUCGAACCUAUCUAUAAAGCAACACAUGGGGAGUUUAAUCUCAGUAAUUUUAUCGAGAGUUGUGGUGAUCGCGUUAGCGCAGUCCUUAUAUUAAUUAAAGCCUCAAAUUCAACAAAAAUAAUUGGUGGAUAUAAUCCUUUAGGUUUAAAAGUCAAAUAUCAUAAUAAUCAUAUACUUAGUCGUGUUAAAAUUUCCUCACAGGCAAUACUUAAUUAUAGUGGAUCUUGGAUUAAUUUUGGAAAUUCUGAUUUGGUAGUAAAGUAUGAGAAUGGAUUGAAUGGGUUGAGUGGACUCUGCGCACAAAAUUCUUAUGAAAAGAAGAUUUUAAACUCUUCAAACACUAAAUUUGCCAUUGAAAUAUUAGAGAUCUUUACC